UGCGAUAGACGGCAGCCUUCCCACCUCACAAGGCCAUCCCCACGUGGGCGCGUCUCCAUGCGGAGGUACUCGGCUCCUCCCCUUCCCCUUCCCUUCCCCUUCCCCACCGCGGCGGAGCGUCAGCAUGGCGGCUGUGGAGGCCAGGCAGUGUGAGACGGAGGGCUGCGGUAGUGAAGCCAAGCUGCAGUGUCCCACCUGCAUCAAACUCGGCAUCCAGGGCUCCUACUUCUGCUCCCAGGAAUGCUUCAAAGGGAGCUGGGCCACCCACAAAUUGCUGCAUAAGAAAGCAAAGGAAGACAAGACCAAAAGUGAUACAAAGAAAAACAUAGAGAAUGACACAAAUACAGACCCAUGGCCAGGGUACCGAUACACAGGCAAGCUGCGGCCACACUACCCCCUGACCCCGAUGAGACCUGUGCCAGGCAACAUCCAGAGACCAGAUUAUGCUGAUCACCCACUAGGGAUGUCUGAACUGGAGCAGUCAUUGAAGGGCACCUCCCAGAUAAAGAUUCUCACUCCUGAAGACAUUGAAGGCAUGAGAGUGGUGUGCAAACUUGCCAGAGAAGUGCUCGACGUUGCUGCUCUGAUGGUGAAGCCAGGUGUGACGACGGAAGAGAUAGACCAUGCCGUGCAUUUGGCUUGCACUGCCAGGAACUGCUACCCAUCACCACUCAACUACUAUAACUUCCCUAAGUCCUGCUGCACAUCAGUCAAUGAGGUCAUCUGCCAUGGGAUCCCAGACAGGAGACCGCUCCAGGAAGGAGACAUUAUCAAUGUGGACAUCACCGUAUACCGUAAUGGUUAUCAUGGAGAUCUCAAUGAGACCUUCUUUGUUGGGGAAGUGGAUGAAGGAGCCAAGAAGCUGGUCCAGACAACAUUUGAAUGCCUUAUGCAAGCCAUCGACUCAGUCAAGCCAGGAGUGCGGUACAGAGAGCUAGGCAACAUCAUCCAGAAGCACGCGCAGGCUAACGGGUUCUCUGUAGUGCGAAGUUACUGUGGUCAUGGAAUCCACAAACUCUUCCACACAGCGCCCAAUGUGCCACAUUAUGCCAAAAACAAGGCUGUGGGUGUGAUGAAGCCAGGUCAUGUUUUCACCAUUGAGCCCAUGAUUUGUGAAGGUGGCUGGCAAGACGAGACGUGGCCAGACAGCUGGACGGCAGUGACACGGGACGGCAAGCGGUCGGCCCAGUUCGAACACACCCUUCUGGUGACGGAAACGGGCUGCGAGAUCCUUACGCGCCGGCAUGAGGACAAUGGGCGCCCCCACUUUAUAAGCCAGAUGUAGAGCGAAGCAAAGCUGUCCCCCUUCCUCUCUCUCACACAACCACACACAUGCACUGGACUCAGGGUGCUUGUAUCACUGCAUUCCAGCAAGCAAGUUAUUCCUCAGAUUGGUCACCUUCCUUCCACAUUUGAGAUUUUUGUUCUGCUACUUAAAGAAUUUGGAAUCACAUUUGUUAAAAUGAGCUACUGAGGGGUCAGUCUGAGAGAUACAAAGUUGGAUUGGGAUGCAACAUAAAGGAGGUGGCUGUUUGAGGAGAUUGAGGGAAAGAUAAAUUGGUGGUCAUGCCAUAUGGCCUAAACCUGUCUCUGUGUAUAACACAUUUACUUGCCACAAAGCUGGGAUUCUGAAGCAGUGUUACUGUGCAGAUAUGCUAAGUGUAGAAUGUAUUGCUUAAAUAUGGUGACCUGUAAUAACCCCAUUUACUCUCAGACCCAAGUAAGGCUGUACAAGGACUGAAUAGUGAGAAAUGCUGUUGGGUUGCCCCAUAUUCAUGGUUGGCUACGGACAAAGAAUAGAUUAAUUGCACGGCUUAAGUACUGUUUAUUUUUCAUGUUGAAACACUUAAGGCCAAAUUCAACUAUUUAGUUUAAGCAGGUUGAGUAUGGUUGCUUGCUGACUGACUCGAGAAAGGUACUGAAGAUAUACUAUGUGGUUUUAAACAAUUGUUUGCUGUGUUUUUGCUGGUACCUGUACAUUUGAUUCUUAAGUUUUAUUGGAAACUAAGCCACCUUUUUUUCCCUAGUUUACUCUUGUAUGUCCUAAGUGGAUUUAUCACAGUGUUUAUUCCAAAGACGGCAUAAAAAAUGUUAGUUGUCUAAUAACUGUCCUCUUCAAGAGUGCCUUGCUUCUUCAUGUCAUUCAGAUAACCUUUUUCAAGACAUGUCUGGCCUUCUGUUGUGGUCCAGUUCCAUUUGAUCCACUACAGACCAGUCUGAUAACUGCAGAGUUGUGGGAUUCAUAAAAUGCACUAGACUAUUGCCCAGUACGGAGAGUUGCUUUCGGGGAAUAAUUUUGCAGGAAAUAAGAUUGCCAGAACAUUGAAGUGGAGCAGUUUUACGCUGUAUGCUACAUUCUAUUGAGGAAGUACUAUUUUAAACGUUUCCUUUUAAUGCAUAACUUUAAAGUAAUGUGAAUGCGGAUCAGUGCUAUCAGUUCUGUGUAAAUGUGUUAGUGAGAGGGGUUGGGGAGGUUCUCUUCCACUCACUUCACUGUGACUGGCUGAGCCCAGUAGCUCAAUCAUUAAAAUUAUUUGUUCAAGUGC